AUGAAUAGCGAUAGCUUGCGACGGGUUUCCCGUCCCGCUGCCAAUUUCGACCUGCCACCGGCUCCGGGUCAGGCUCAGGCACAGGCACAGGCACAGGCCCUUCAUCCUCAACCUCCAGCGACGACGACGACGACAGCGACGACACCAGCGGCUACAGUAGCAGCGUCUCACCAGGCUCUGGCAAAGGCCAGACUCCAGUCCUUCUCGCGGCCCAGCCUUCAGGACCUCGCCCUCGUCGACGGCUCCUCCACCGACCACACUCCCGCCUAUGCCCUCUCGUCGACGGCUCCGUCCUCCUUCUCGUACCCUCCCGCUGUCGCCCCGGCCGUGAGCUCGCCCCCCCGGCCGCUGGGCUCAUCCUCCUCCGACCUGCCGACGACCUCCGCACCCGCCCACUUCCUCCACCCCGUCUCAUCUGCCUCGAGCUUACGUCCCCGAGCGUCGACCGCCAGCGCUUCCUCCUCUUUGCAUACGCCUCCGUCUCUGCCACGAAUUCUCACGUCGCCGUCCCUCUUUGAUCCUCAGAUCUCUGCCCAUUUUGUUCCUCGAGGCGGGCUGCCCCCCGCGCCGCCCAACAUGUAUCCGGCUGGCCAGAGACAUGUCUCGGGCGCCGAUCCCACGAGGCCAUUCCAGGUCCCUCCGCCGCCGCCGCCCAUGGGAGGUCCGAAUGCCGGCCAGAUGGGAACCAUGAUGAACCUGCCGCCUCCGCCGCCUCGAUAUCCCGCCGCGCCAGGCGCAUCCGGCGUAAUGAUCCCCCCACCUCCCGGUCCGCCUCCGGCGAGUGCCCUCGGCCAGCAGCCCCCGUGGCACGGCGCAUUUGGGCGCAUGUACGACGGGCGGCCUGGCUUCAACAUCCCGCCGCCGCCGCCCGGCCAGCACCAGCCGUACAACCCCAAGUUGCACGCCCAGAUCGCCGCUGGGCAGACGGUUUCUAUCCCUCCUCCGCCCCCGCCGACUGAGGCCAUGAGUGCGACCUACAUACCGCAAGGCGACACGUACGGAGAGGGCGUUGGUAUCCCCGCCUUUGGUCUGGAAGACGGAACCCUGACUGCCAACUCGCAGACAUCAUGGCCAGUCACGACGCCUCAAAGCGGAACUGACACAAAUGCCACUACCCCCAUGGAUGGCCUGCACUCGGCCACCAACUCGCAGCCGCGUGGUGCUUCCAACUCGUCCAACGCGACUGCCAUCCCACCGGAGGUUGCUUCCCAGUGGCCCCUCGAUACUGUCUUGAUCUGGCUGGCCAAGAACCAGUUCUCCAAGGACUGGCAGGAGACCUUCAAGGCCCUCAACUUGCAGGGGACACAAUUCCUCGAGCUCGGCAGCGGCCACGGCGGCCGCGGCAACUUUGGCAUGAUGCAUCAGCAAGUAUAUCCUAGACUCGCCCAGGAGUGCACCAACAGCGGCACCGGCUGGGAUCAGCCCCGUGAGCGCGAGGAGGGCAAGAGAAUGCGACGGCUCAUUAGGAGCAUUGUGACGGGCCGGCCAGCUGAUACGUCAAAGAUUUCGAGCUCCCACGGCCACAAAGAGUCCCUCAAUGGCGGACAUGGGAACAACUUACCAAGUGCUGGAACCGACCCCAUGGAUUCGCCCAACACGCCUCUUACGGCACCUGGCCCUGGCUUUAGCACUCGGCGCUUCUCGCAGACGAGGGCGACGACAAUGCCUAACAGCAUUAGCAGCACCAAUAUCGCCGCAGAUUCAAAUCAUCGAAAUAUUCUAAAGCAUGUCGAUACAGACGGUGCUCGUCGCCACAGCCCCAACGUCAGCGAGUCGGGCGAGGGAGCAACAUUCCGUGGAGCUGCCGCACGAUCAGCGAGCCCCAAUGGCAGUCCUGGCAUUCCGCCAGCGCUAUUCACAUCCUCAACUACACCUGUACUCUCACAGUCUCCGAACACAAUCAAAGCUGGACAUCGAUCGCGGAGCAGUCUGGAUUCUGUUUCGUCAAGUGUCGCCAUCUAUGGAUCUGGAGUCCCCCCCGAUGCUGCGACCAUGCUUAGCCGAGGCAUGAAUUUGGGAGAUAUGGUUCAUGGUGGUCGAAGUCACGACAUUCGGUCUCGUCAGUCUCCUCUGGAAGCAGGAGAGAGGUCAGCAGGUGGUGAGACACCAGCUUCAGCCAAAGACUCCAAGAGCUUCCUCAGUUUCCUGUCAAGAAAGAAGAGGCAAAAUCCCGAAGAGAUGGACUCUCCAACUUCGCCUCAAGGUACCAUGAAGCCUAUGGGGCUAGGGGUCCGAGGAAUGAACGGCAGCGACACCAACCUAGAUCAUCCAGGAACGGGCUUUGGGCCUGAUGAUAGAAACGGCCACAUGGUACAUCAACGACCAAGACGAAUUAACCCCGUCAGAACUUAUGUUCUGGCUACUAUGGACUAUUGGAACUUCAGAAUGUGCGACAUUACUGAGGCGGAGUCGGCUGCAGAGGUCCGACAAGUCAUCUGCAUGCAUCUUGGUCUGGGCGACUUUGAGAACUCUUAUAUCUACCUCACUGAAGUUGGAAAGUUUGACCACGUGGAUCCUCUGGACGAUCAGAGUCUUCUGACGGUGAAGAGAGUCAAGGGCGAUCCUCUUGGAACACUAAAGUUUUUCGUUACUCCGCCUGGAGUACCCCCUGCUAACAGCCUGAAUGUGGCCGCAGAUGUUCCAGCCUCGCUGGCCCCUGGCUACCUUGCCCCAGGAACAUCACCCGAUGACACGCAACGAAAUAGCAGGCAGCGAUCUAGCUCAUCACCGCCGACGUCUCGGUCCAACACGCUGACAGAUGACAAGAUCGACGAGAAGACCGAGAAGACUCUUGCGCAGGAGGCAAGCACUUACAGGGCUGAGAUGGAGAGGAAGCAGCGCGAAUAUCUUGCCAGGAGGAAGCUGGCUGCAAAGGGCAGCCCAUCUGAGUCGAUUGGUCCUGGUAUUGUCGGCAGAAAUGUCGACUUUGACCAACCUCGAGAAUCGCCGUACGAAGACAAGCGCCCUGAUCAACUAUUCCCUCAAAGAAGACCCCCGGCACCGCCCAGCGACCCAUCUGCCACACUGAUCAAGGCCAAUUCCUUGAGUAAGAAGACAGGCCAGGGCCUACGAUCAUCCAGCAGCAGCCUCGAGGGCUAUCCUACGCCUAGACAUCCACCGAUGGUCACUGGAGAGAGCGAGAUGACGGAGAAGGGCAAGAAGGCCAAGCUUGUGCCCCAGGCAAACGCUGGCAUUGGUAUUGGAGCAGCGCUCGCAGGCAUGGGAAGGAACCUGAGCGCGAUUGGACAAUCCAAUGUCAAGAAUAAUCGUGGCGUAUCUCCCAACCGGAUGUCGACACAACCAAUCCCCGGAGGUAAGGAUAACAACUCUAGCGUUGAUUUCUUUCAGCACAACAUGGGUCGAAGCAGUCGUGGUUCGGUAGCGACGCCAGGUUCUGUAACCUGGAGCAAGGGGAACAUGCCUUUUGUCGUACCAGACUACUCACCCAGCGAGACGCCCCCGCCCGGCGAUAAGCCAGCAGGUGUAUCAGAAGCUAAGUUAUAUGAAACAGUGCCAAGGGCAUCAUCCCCGGCGGAGAUGAGCCCCAGCUCGAUGCGGACGAGGACGACAUUCCCCCAGAGGUCACCGCCGCAGCCGCAGCAGCCACAGCGGCGCCCGUCGCAUGGGCCUGACACAGAGUUUGAGGACUCCGAUGUUCAAUUCUCCAAGCCUACAGCACCGCCACCACCGGCUGAUGACGACAGCGGAGAUGACUCUGAUGAUGGUCUCUUUGCGAUCCCUCUGGCCAGCAGAAAUAAGGGCAAGCCUGCUGGUAAUAGCGCUGUAAACGGCCAUAGUCAGAAGCCCAGUCUAACCGUGGAAACAUCGCGCGCAAAGAAGCAUCGGUCUGUGACCAUUUUGUCCCCCACAGUCUCUUACGGCCCGACAUCAGAGGGCAACGAAGACCGUGGUCGCAAGCCCACAACCCCUCGAUCUGAGGGCUGGGAAUCUGAGGAGAAGGAAAGCAAACUUGGUCGGCGGAAGUCAUUCAUUGAGAAGGACGUCUGGGCUAACCGCCCUCCGACGGAUGCCCUUAUCAACAAUCUCGACGACUUCUUCCCCAACCUUGAUCUGGAUCAACCCGUAUUGGAGGAUGGCGCCGAGGGGGGGAUGCCUCCGUCGCCUAUCGCUGAGGGAACUGAGAGUAGUGACCCAGGGACAGCUCAAGCUCCGUUGCCAGGAGCACCAGAACCCCCAACACAACCACCGCCUGCCAUACCCCCGGCCCGACAGCCAUCCCUAUACAACGAGAACGACACGUUGGGCUCUGACGAAUCAACCCUCAAGGCCUUGGAUCAGCAGCGACCGACAUCGGUGGCACAGAGGAGUCUUCGACGGUCUGGUGGCCUCGGCCGCAUGAAGUCUAUCCGAGAAGUAGCUCGUGGAGCUCACGAAGCUAACAAGAGGUCUAACUCGACAAACCUGGGACAGGCGUCAGGCAACAUUAUGCGCCGGAAGAGUACAAAGAUGUUCAACGCCAACAUUGUGCAAAUUCGACCAGACAGGCGUGGCAGCGUAAUCAUGCCACAGAUCCCCCAGGAGACGGCACCAAAGCGACAAACGACGUUUAGGUGGUUCAAGGGUCAGCUUAUUGGAAAGGGUACCUAUGGUCGUGUGUACCUCGGUAUGAAUGCCACCACUGGAGAGUUCUUGGCUGUCAAGGAAGUUGAGGUGAAUCCCAAGGCCGCUGCGGGAGACAAGAACAGGAUGAAGGAGCUUGUCGCAGCUCUGGACCAGGAAAUCGACACCAUGCAACAUCUGGAUCACGUCAACAUUGUGCAGUAUCUUGGUUGCGAGCGCAAGGAGACAAGCAUCAGCAUCUUCCUUGAGUAUAUUUCUGGUGGCAGCAUUGGAUCGUGUCUUCGCAAGCACGGCAAGUUUGAGGAGUCUGUUGUGUCUUCACUGACGCGGCAGACACUGUCUGGCCUGGCAUAUCUGCAUCGCGAAGGUAUUUUGCAUCGCGAUUUGAAGGCUGACAACAUCUUGCUGGACCUGGACGGAACCUGCAAGAUCAGUGACUUUGGUAUCUCCAAGAAGACGGACAACAUCUACGGCAACGACAAGACAAACUCGAUGCAGGGCUCAGUCUUUUGGAUGGCGCCCGAGGUGAUCCAGUCUCAAGGCGAGGGCUACAGCGCCAAGGUUGACAUUUGGAGUCUGGGCUGUGUGGUGCUGGAGAUGUUUGCGGGCAAGCGGCCAUGGGCCAAAGAAGAGGCGGUUGGUGCCAUUUACAAGCUUGCCAAUGGCGAGAGGCCACCAAUUCCCGAGGACAUUCAGGAUACUCUUGGCCCAUUGGCCGUGGCAUUCAUGAUGGAUUGUUUCCAAGUAAAUCCUUUUGAUCGUCCUACAGCGGAUGUGCUCCUAUCUCAACAUCCCUUCUGCGAACUGGACCCCAACUACAAUUUCUACGACACGGUGUUGUAUGCCAAGAUCAAGUCAUUCAAGUGA